GUCAUUGUUGAUAUUUUCCAAAAUCCGAAGUGAAAAUUACUACAAAAAAGAAAAAUAAUUAAGGGUUCGAAGAAAUAACCGCUGUUUGUAAACACACAAAAUACAUGUAUUAGUUACUUACGCUGCAUACGUUUGGUAGAUUUGGAUAUUCUAUUGUAUCACAUUGUUGCGAUAAAAAACCGUAUACGUCGUAACGGGUCCUCCGUUACUUUUUUCAAUAAAACCUUAUUAUGCCUCAUGAUUUAAAGGAACUGGGUGUAAGGAAAGCUAUAAUGGCUCCCUUGUCGCCAACUCCCUGCGCUGAGAUCAGUGAUGAUGAGCUGGUCUCCAUCUCAGUACGGGACCUGAACCGACAGCUCAAGAUGAGAGGACUGACAAGAGAUCAGAUUGUAAGAAUGAAGCAAAGACGUAGAACUCUCAAGAACCGAGGAUAUGCAGCCUCGUGUCGUAUUAAACGAAUAGAACAGAAGGAUGAACUAGAGACUGAAAAGAGUCAGGAAUGGCACGAUAUGGAGGCAAUGCAAGAAGAAAAUACAAGGAUUCGUGAUGAAAUAGAAGCAUUAAGAAGUAAAUAUGAUGCACUGAAGAGGUUCGCCAUGAUGAAGAGUAUUCCUUUACCCGCAGAAUUAGAGAUGUUGCCAUAAACACAAAAAAUAUGAAUAUUUUGU